AUGGACAAGCGCACUCCCACUCGCUCUAAAUGUAGUCUGCCGAGAGAGAAAGUAUUCUCUAUCCAAAUUGGUUCCGAGACCUUUCGUCUCUCGGGCGCUUCAAUUGCUUCUGAUGCUCCGUCCUACUUUUCACGCUUCUUCGAGCUUCAAUUGCUUCAGAAUCCAGAUGUAGCCAACAUCAGGACCCUUUAUAUCGAUCGCGAUCCCACGACAUUCCACGAGAUCGCUAGGCAUCUGCAGGGCUACCAUGUCCGGCCGCAAGAUGGCGCGCAGUUCGUGAAGCUAUUCGCAGAUGCGCAAUUCUACACAUUGCCCCGAUUGAUGUCCCAGCUGUUCGAGUCCGAAUGCUUUAUUCAAAUCGGCGACCGACACUUCCAGAUCCCCCGCGAUAUAUUCUCAGGUCCAGGCGAUACCCCGAAUUUCUUCACUCUCGGAUUCGCCGCUUUCUUUGCCUCCCCGUCUGAAGUGUUCCCGGGCCUGGACCGCCAGGGUCUAUUGCGACCUCCGGCCAUUGUCCCCCCAAGCGUGCCGAAUCGAUCCGCGGAUGUCUUCGACGAGCUCCUGCAUCUGCUGCGCGGGUAUCCGCUACAUAUCAGAAACGAGGAUCAUCGGGCUGCGCUCCUGCGCGACUGUCGUUAUUUCCAUCUGCGCGGCCUGGAACAGAAGUUGAUACCGCAUCAGAUAACGACGAAUCCGUUCAGCCAUCGUUUGGAAAUCGUCAUCCGGCUCGAGGAUGUACGGCCGUCUGGGGUUCAGUGUGUCUUGAAUACAGUUUCUGGGUCGGGUGGAAUGGUCACAUACACGCGUCCGUUUAUAGACGACAACGCCGCCGAUCUGGUGGUUGAGAUCGGCGACGAGUCUAGUCUGAUUCAUCGUGGGACCAUGCAUGUUGACUUCCUAGGCCUUUCAAAACAAAGAAUUGUCAGUUUGUUACAGACAGUGGGCAAGAAAUUAAACCUGCCCGAUUCACAUCCUCCAUUGGGCCAAGUUCCACUCAAGGUCCGUGUCGACAGUGAAACUGAUCUCACCGUGGAUGGAGAACAAGACCCUCAUCAUUUGAUGAUAUCGAGAGCUAAGCCUGAAGCCGGCGCUGAUGGUGUGCCUCCAGCUAAACGCCCACGGGUCGAUAAUACGGACGAUGGGCCCUGGGUUGUUCGGACUGGACAAUGGCGCUUGCAAGUGCAGACCGGGCCUACCGGGAUAUACGAGGUUGUCUUGGUUGCUGUCAAAUUGGACAUCUAUACCAGUUCGCAGGUCCGAAACCGGUCACGGAAAUUCCUUUAG